CCCUCACUACUCGCCGUUUCAAAAUGCUGCUGAGGCCUUAGGGCCUGUGACUGACGCCCCCUCCCCCCCCCCGGGCUCGGCGGGGGAGCGACUCAUGGAGCGGCCUUAAGAUUUAUCAGCAGACGACAAUUUCUUCACUGCCAAAAUGACAUCAUUUUCCACCUCUGCCCAGUGUUCAACUUCUGACAGUGCUUGCAGGAUCUCUCCAGAACAAACCAAUCAGGUACGACCAAAACAGCCACUUUUGAAGAUUUUGCAGGCGGCAGGUGCACAAGGUGAAAUGUUCACUGUUAAAGAGGUCAUGCACUAUCUAGGCCAGUAUAUAAUGGUGAAGCAGCUUUAUGAUCAGCAGGAGCAGCAUAUGGUGUAUUGUGGUGGAGAUCUUUUGGGAGAACUACUAGGACGUCAGAGCUUCUCCGUGAAAGAUCCAAGCCCUCUCUAUGAUAUGCUAAGAAAGAAUCUUGUCACUUUAGCCUCUGCUACUACAGAUGCCGCUCAGACUCUCGCUCUCGCACAGGAUCACAGUAUGGAUAUUCCAAGUCAAGACCAACUGAAGCAAAGUGCAGAAGAAAGUUCCAGUUCCAGGAAAAGAACGGAAGAAGGCAAUAUUCCUACACUGCCUACCUCACAACAUAAAUGCAGAAAUUCUAGAGAAGAUGAAGACUUCAUAAAAAACUUAACGCAAGAUGAGACAUCUAAGCUGGACCUUGGGUUUGAGGAGUGGGAUGUAGCUGGGCUGCCUUGGUGGUUUUUAGGAAACCUGAGGAGCAACUAUACACCUAGAAGUAAUGGCUCGACUGAUUUACAGACAAAUCAGGAUAUAGGUACUGCCAUUGUUUCAGACACCACAGAUGAUUUGUGGUUUUUGAAUGAGUCUGUAUCAGAGCAAUUUGGUGUGGGAAUAAAAGUUGAAGCUGCAGACACUGAACAAACAAGUGAAGAAGUAGGAAAAGUAAGAGACAAAAAGGUGGUUGAAGUGGGAAAAAAUGAUGACCUUGAGGACUCUAAGUCCCUCAGUGAUGAUACUGAUGUAGAAGUUACCUCCGAGGAUGAGUGGCAGUGUACUGAGUGCAAGAAAUUUAACUCUCCAAGCAAGAGGUACUGUUUUCGUUGCUGGGCGUUGAGGAAGGAUUGGUAUUCGGAUUGUUCUAAGUUAACCCAUUCUCUCUCCACGUCUGAUAUCACUGCCAUACCUGAAAAGAAGGAAAAUGAAGGAAUUGACGUGCCUGAUUGCCGAAGAACCAUAUCAGCUCCAGUUGUUAGACCUAAAGAUGUAUAUACAAAGGAAGAAAAAAACCCCAAACUUUUUGAUCCCUGCAGCUCAGUGGAAUUCUUGGAUUUGGCCCACAGUUCGGAAAGCCAGGAAACCAUAUCAAGCAUGGGAGAACAAUCAGAUAACCUUUUCGAACAGAGAACAGAUACAGAAAACAUGGAGGAUUGCCAGAAUCUCUUGAAGCCAUGUAGUCUGUGUGAGAAAAGACCACGAGAUGGGAACAUUAUUCAUGGGAGGACAGGGCAUCUUGUCACUUGUUUUCACUGUGCCAGAAGAUUGAAGAAGGCUGGGGCUUCAUGCCCUAUUUGCAAGAAAGAGAUUCAGUUGGUUAUUAAGGUUUUUAUAGCAUAGCUGACUCCAUGAAUUGCAGAGAAAUAUUAACGGGCUACGUAUGUAUCAAAAUGUCAGUAUUGAGCAUCUCCACUCGGUGUAACCCACUGCAUCUGUUUAUUUAUUUAUGUAAACAUCCGUGUGUCACAACAUUUUUCUUUCUACACUUAGAGGGAAUUUGAGAAUAAGUUCUUUAGAACUAGAUUAUCAAUUUGGGGCACUCCCAUUAGUAUGAAAAGGUGCGUUAAUCACUUCAUUCUCUCUUUAAAGAUGAGGAUCUGGGAGAAAGCAACUGUCAGUACAAACAAAAGUACUUUAAUUCGUUCACUUACCCAGUUACUUGAAGAUUUAGUAUUUCUUCAAUUAAUUUUAUUCCCUAUUCUUUUUUUCUGUUAGGGAGUGUUCUUAGGCAUCAAGAUCCAAGGUGGCUUUUAGAAAAAUAUUAGAGCUAACAAUGAAAAAAACAUAAGUAAUUUGAUUAGUCAAGCUGUGUAAUGCUAUAGAUCACUUUAUGGUUGCAAUCAGGCCACACAAUUCAGAUAAGCCAAAAGAAAAGUCUUGAGAAACAAGAGCAUUUUGCUAACAUACCCCUGAAAGAAUUUUGAAAAACUAUAUAUAACCUUUUGCACAUUUUACACCUUGGGGUAUGAUUAGCAAACAAAGUGUUCCCUUAUGGUGAGUUGUAGACAUCUGAGUAGCCAGCCUAAAACAAGCUACUCUAAGGGGACGGUUUCUGUCCCUUGUGCCCCUUUCCAAGCAGUUCCUUCUCCAUUUCAUGGCUCUCAUUCUCAGUUAGUUUUCCUUUUGCACAUGUUUAAUGUGACAUCUAAAUUUUAAAAAUUAAGUACUUACAAAGGAUACCCUAUCCAAUAUAUUGUAUAUGUGCCUUAAAAAUAUUUUUCUCAAAGCCUUGGAGCUGUAUAUUUAGCUGAUUAAAUUUAUAGGAGAAGUCCUGUCAUAUAAAGUAGCAAAGCCUGUUCUCAUAUUAAAAUUCACCAGCCGAAUCAGAUUUCAUUUUCAGUCAGAAAAUGUUUGACUUUAUUUUUAAUUCAGAUAAAUGCAUUAACACAUUUCUGGCACAAGCUUCUCAAUUAUAGUUCUAAGAUAGAUGAGGUGCAGAGUUUUUAACCGAAGCUCUCUUUGCUUUACUCUGUCCUCAUUGUCCCUUGAGAAUUUUCUGGGGUUUUUUUUUUUUAUUGUUGUUCUUUUGUUUGAUGCCUCCAGAGGUUUUUUGCAUUCUGAGGCAAUGCCCCGUAGUAAGAUUCUAGAUGGGUAUGAGUCAGCCUUUCUUUUGGAAAUAGGGAGUAUGGCAGUUGUGAAAAUGAAAGUAAGUAAAGAAAAAUGUUAGAUCUGAAGAAGCCUUAUCUGAGCACAUACAUCUUAGGGCAAUACAUAUGGAAAUUGAAGAUCUUUAAGCUGAUGUCCUUAUACAUAUUCCUGUCUGCUUUCCCCAUGGAAAAAAUCUUGAUGUAUGCCCAGGGGUUUGCAUAUGAGAUUUUGAAGACCAUGGCCCUAGAAUUAACAAAUUUACUGAUCAUAAAAAUCACCUCAGUUGCUUGUUAAGAAAAGCCCAAGUCAAAAAAAAAAAAAAGAAAACAAACAAAUUUAAACAACAGCCCUGUUUCCCCCCGUGAGGGGUUUCUUUCCACUAGAACAUGUGUUCUGGAAGCUGGUAAAUGGUCCACAGACCACACUUUGGGAAGCCCUGCCCUGGAAGGAAGGGUUUUCCCAGUUACAAGAAGUACAAUGAACAAGAUUGCUUUUAGCAUCAUAUUUAAUUUCUUGAGGGGGAGUUUUGUUAAAAGUUCUAGAAGUUUAAAACUAGAAUGCACUCUUAAACUCAACCCUUGUUAUUUUGCACUUCAGGCUAAAAGGUAAAUGACAGCCAAGAGUCACAGCUAGUGAUGCAACUGUUACUAGAAUCCAAGUCCCUUGUAGUAAAUCCCGAAACCAUGCUCACUUUCUUCUCAUUAUUUGUUAACUAUUUAAAGGGUGAUGCUUGUGGAAUUUGGGUUCAAGGUGCUCAUCAUCUUAAAAUCUUGCAGAAUAUGACUUGCAGCCAAAGUAGGACUUUAGAGAGAAUGACUUUUAACCCUUUCUCCCCAAAGACAAAAGGCCCAGUAAAUAUCAGCCUUUCUUUUUUUUUUUUUUUUUUUUAAAGAUU